AUGGGGAAGACACUGAUGUUCUUGAUGACAUUGUUCAUAACCACCAUGGUCACUUAUCCAACCCGCGCAUACGAAGACGACGGGGAACCGAUCGUCGAUCCAAACAACAGAUUGCAAAUUCCGGUGGGCGAAUCUCCGGAGGCGAACGACUACAAUCGGAAACUGUUCAAAGGGUAUUCGGGUCGAGACCUGAAGCAUUUUCUCAACAUGUGCAUGAUGUCAUGGGAAUGUGGUCUUGAUAUUUACGAAGAGAUGUUACAGAACAAAAGAUCUUCCGAUGCUUGCUGUCUUGAAAUGUUGGAGAAAGGCAAAGACUGUCACAUUGCAAUGGCUAGGUUUUGGUUCUCGUUGUAUGAGUUCAAACAAUAUGCUUCUAGAGCUAUUCCCAAGAGUUAUGUUGUAUGGAACCGAUGUUACAGAGACGUUGGGCCCCAUGCACCGUCUGCAUGA